AUGAAGACGUCCAAGUCUAUCUGCUUGCUCUGCCGCCACAGGCUCGCCGCCAACGGCAGACCCCAGGCGGCGCAAUGGACGGUAACAGCAGCAUAUUCGACCUCAGGAGCUACAGCCGCCAGUGUUGGCCAUGACGGCUCGUCUGCACCGUCCGAAGCCCAUUCCUCGGCCGGAGGCGCGGCCAGCGACGCCCCACGACCCCAAGUCCGGCGAUAUAGGUAUGAGGAGAGACGCCCGAGGCCGCAGCAGUCCUUGACCUCGACGCCAGCCGGGUCCAGGCGGCGCAUCAAUGCCGACAACAAGGCGGGCACCGACAUGGACUCGCUCUUCCAGCAGAUCGUCCAUCGCAGAAAAACAGACGACGCGCUGGCCGCCGACGCACUCGAGCAUUCUCCGCGCCACGCGAACCUGGUGCAGGAGAUCGGAAGCCUGCAGCAGAUGCUGGAUACAGGCGCCCCUGUGUCCCAGGCAUACACCUUCUUGCAGACCGAGCUGUACCCCAGCAUACGCCACGAGGACAUCCAGGUGCCCAAGGUCUUCUUCACCGUCGCGAACAAUGUCAUGAACAAGAUCAUAGAGGCGAAGAAGGACGAUAUCUGGAACCCCGACCUGCCCCGAGUCGCGGACAUCUUCCGUGUCUGUGCCGAGCUUGGAGACAUGAGGUCGACCAACUGGUCGCGGGAAUGGCUUGCGCUUGUUGGCGAGCUGAUCACGUUUCUCUGCCGCAUGAAGACGUCCCGCGAGGACUACCCGUCGAUCGAGGCCUACGAGAAGCACCUCCACAUGAAGGAUGAAGCUCUGACCGACCUGGUCGAGUCUUGGAAGCUUCUCUCCAUCCCCAAGCACAUGAACGUGAAGCCUAGUGGUCACGCAAAUGAGAUCCUUGAUGGCUUCUGGUUCCCCCGACUGGACAAGUUUGCCGUUAAGAAGUGGGCCAUGUCCAAAAGGUUCACUGUUGCAUUCAACAGCCUGUUUCCCCACUGCUCGUCCAGCAAUCUGGGAGAUGGGCUCGCCGUUGCUGCCUUUUCUACCUUUCUUCUUCUCAUGGAUCGCUCGAGGAGCAACGCCACAGCAAGAAAGAGCACGACACGCUUCAUGUCCAAGGUUACCUACAUGAUCAAGUUGAUCGGCAUCAAUGAUAAGGCUUUACGAUCGUCGAUAUUGUCAACCUUCCCAGCGAUUGAAACCUAUGUCAUGGACCACUGGACCCAGAUCAAACCGCAUCUGGACGAAAUCUCCCAACAAGCAGCCCAGUUGCAAGGUUCAGAGGCGGCAUCUGGCUCACCGCGUGGCCACCCGGAAGCAGCUAACAUCGAGAGGAAACUGAGCUCUGCUUAUUGGUCACACAACAGGAGUGAAGUCGACCGGCUCUGGGCGGCUUUCGUCAGUGUCCCCAAGGAAAAUGCCAGGGAGCGGAUGAGCCAACUUCAGCAGUCCCCGAAUCUGUUCGAUUCCUUCAUCAACACCUACAUGGCUUUCAACCAACCCGACAAAGCGAUCGAGGUGUGGAAUACGAUGCCCAAGGUCGGACUGCGACCCACACUCAAGACCUGGAAUGUCAUGCUGGACGGUUGCAAGCGCGCGCAUAACCCAUCAGGUCUGCAAGCUGUUUGGAAGCGGUUGGUGGCAUCCGGCCAGCCGCUCGACGUUGCGAUAUGGACCACACGGAUAGCGGGCCUGAUGGCCUGUGAUGAUCCAAAAGGCGCUGUCGAUGCGCUUGAAGAAAUGGCUGUGCUCUGGGACACGGCGCAGCAGAAGGGCCAUGGCAACGCCGUCCAGCCAGCCAUACAACCUGUUAAUGCUGCUCUGCAAGGGUUUAUCCGCCUCAACAACAACACUGCGGCACAUAAGAUCCUGGCGUGGGCCAAAGCUCACGGUAUCAAGCCCGAUGUCGUAACCUUCAAUCUGCUUCUGCGUCCAGCGAUCAGGGAAGGCCGCGACAAGGAAGUCGAAGCAAUAUUCCAAAGCAUGAAAACUUUGGGAGUUCAAGCGGAUGCCGCUACCUUUACGCUGAUUCUGGACGGCAGCCUGAACAAAGUAGACUCUUUAGACCCGAAGAGACAAUCCGAGAUUGUAGAAUCUGUGUUCAGGGAGAUGGAAGACGCCGGCCUGGAGCCUAAUCAACACACAUACGGCAAGAUGAUCCACCUGCUCCUCCGUUCCGGCGACCGCGCCCAAGAGUCUGUGAAAGCCGUCCUGGAUCAUCUGUGGGGCCAAGGCCAUGAGUUCUCUCCCCACAUCUACACCAUGUUGGUGGAGCACUACUUCUCUCGCCAGCCGCCUGAUCUGAAGGCCGUCGACGACCUUCUGGAGCGUCGCGAAGUGUUCGACUACGACGACAUGGACCGCAUCUUCUACGACCGCGUCGUCAAGGGCUACGCACUCGUCGGCGACAUCGACUCGGCGUUCCGGAUAUACAGCAAGCUGAGCGAAGCAGGCUUCCUCGUCACCUUGUCGACUCAGCAGGAGGUGCUGAAGACCCUGGUGCAGCUGGGACGGGCAGACGAUGCCAGGGCCAUGGUCGCGGAUACCGUCAAGAAGUACGUCGAGCAGCACGGAGAAGGCGGCUGGCGUGGCCAUGGGUUCUGGCACGUCGCCUCCCGCGCUGGCUUGGUCGACUGGAGCGAAGGUGCCAAUGGUGGGAGGGCUGUCCUGCGACGGCCAUACGUCUAG